AUGUCACAAAAAACCCUACGGAACCAAAGCAGAUUCUUAUUAACAAUUCCGUGGGAUGACGGCCGCUUUGUGCUGGAAAACGAGCUAGAGCCUCUUUUGGGCGAAUUAGGAAGUAUGCCAUUCAUAUCAGCCCUCCAAGAGACGGAGCAUACUCUGCUAUCUGCCAACCGGUUGACACCGAGACUGAAAGCGGUUAAACGGUCUCUAUUAAUAGGAGAAGAGGAAAACCAUUCCAGUCGCAUGUUCAAAUACAUCAACGUUAAGAACGCUCUGCAACACUUUCCUUCUUUGGAGCGUAGGGGCGUUUUCUUGGAUCUCGUUUUGCAAUAUGUCCUCAUUGACAAAAUGGUACGAGCAAUGAAUGAUUGCUCACUCCAUAAUGGCUAUGUGGUUGAGGUUCCCAAACAUCGACGUCGGCCUAUUUACACUAACAAGUUCAAAGGAUGGUCCCCAUUACACGAUUGGGUCAAGCUCGUCACCCAAUUCAAAGCUAAAUUCAAUCAAACUUCCCUCAAUACGGAAUUACCAAGCGAGACCUGUCCACAGUCGAUAGAGCUUGGAUUGAUACAGUCUUUGUCGAAAACUAUAUCAAGAACCCAAGUACAUGGAGCACUUGCAAACAUAGAAGCUGCUGCGUUGUGUCUUCGUCUAGUCUGGAAGGGUUAUCUUCGUGUCAAUGAGGAGGCACCGCAAUCCUCUGAUAAUGAAGAGAGAAAUAAAAUCAAAAAUUUCAUAAUUUCUUUCAACGACGGGCAGGUCGAUUUGAAAGCGAUCAAUACACUUUUAAAUGAAGCGCCCACUCUCCUAUUUGGCAUUGAUAUAUGCACGUUUGUCUCACCGUUAGCAUUGCUGACUACCAAAGCGUGGUAUAACGGCGGGAAACUGGACAGGAUGAAACUAUUUCUCACGGGAAAAGCCUUAGGCAAUCAAAAACCAUCCCUUUUGAUAGAGGUGGAAAAGCUCCUGUGGAAAGUGCUCUUGAACGUCGCGCAAGGCAAGAUUGCAGCAUGGAAUGCUCUGGAACAAUUCUUAAUUGAGGUUCCCUGGGGUCGUCUUCAACAAGCCAAUGAAGAAAUAUGUGGUUGGUUCAAGCCAGAUGGCGACGGAGACGACAAAGUUGUCGACAACAUGUACUGUCAAGAUAUCGAAGGCGCAAUUCCCGUUGGUUGGCCACUGGUAGUAACGUCCGCACCUCUUGAACCUAUUGACACGAAUUUGUCCUCGUCGACGACGAAAACGGCGACCGAUUCCGCUUCACCGAUUGUAGAAGUCAUUUCGUCCAAGGAAACUUCAAGCCAAAACCCUCCUAUUCCUCUUGCAGAAAUGGAGACUACAGAUGCUAGUUCGGUCAACGCUCGCUUGGCGGAUGUCCAACUCCACGAAACACGACCUAUAGAUCAUGUGGUUACCGUUGAAAGCCGGGACGAUCGGACUCCUUCGGCGACAGCAUUGAUCACUGGUUCAACCAUUCCAGUUACUCCUUCUCAGUCUCAGCCAAACUCCAACGAUUUGCAACAUUACUCCCUUGCUGCAGCGAUGGGUGGUAUACACUUUUAUGAUAAAAACCAGACAUAUGCCUGGAGGGCGAUGUGUAUAAUGCCUAGAGGUUCAAUGAGAUCGCAUAUCUCAUUGUUCUAG